AUGUCCACAGCACACAGACCGACAUGGGAUCCGGCGCAAGCCAAGGAUGUGAAGGGAGGGUCCCGCCAGUUCUCUGUGCGGGACAUGGCUGCGCAUACCAAGCUCAAAUUCCGUCAACCGGGUCAGACGUCAAUGGCUGAGGUUGCUAAACGUGAUUUGAGAGCGGACCUGUUAGCUGCAGAGGCGGAGGCGCGCGACAAGAAACGUAAGGCAGAAGGAAAGCCCCCGCUUGCAGUGGAAAACGGGCAUGGGGAGGAAGAUGAAGCGAAUAAACGGAGGAAACUGCUGCAGGAAGCAAUUGAGCUGGAUAAAGACGAUGAAGACGAGGAGAAGAGUGAGAAAGGAGAGAGGGAGGAUGAAGAGGAGGAGGAGGAAGAGGAAGACGAGAGUGACGAGGACGAGGAGGACGAUGCCGCAGAGCUGAUGCGAGAACUCGAAAAGAUCAAACGUGAGAGAGCAGAGGAGAAAGCACGGCAGGAGCACGAGCAGUCUGCAUCUGCAGCUGCCGCUCGCGAUGCAGAGAUCGCCACCGCGAACCCGCUGCUGAACCUUGCUGCAGCACUCGGGCAGAAUCCAACCGGUGUAAAUACAACGGUGCCGGGGACGUUCGCGGUAAAGCGGCGGUGGGACGACGACCUGAUAUUCAAGAAUCAGGCAAUGAAUGCGCGGGACAAGGAAAAGCGCUCAGGGCAGUUCGUGAACGACCUGCUGCGUACAGAGUUUCACAAGAAGUUCAUGGCGAAGUUUAUUAAGUAAUGCAUCGCACACCAUAUUAUCUUACCUUUCCACGGGACUCCUCAUCCAUUCUCGGCCUUAGUAUACAUAUGCAAUGCUUUCCCUAUCUCGCAGAGUGUGCGUCUCACUGUAAGAGACACGGCUGGGUGAGCUCGCUUAACAUGCCAGCAGAUGACUGGCCUCCUCGGAUACCUUGUACCUAGCAUAUUACUAGGCAUGCUUGUUCCCAAGCUUCGCGCUGGCUGACGAAGUCUUCCUGAGAAUGGGUAGCUGACAGUUACGUAUCGCCGCGCUUUCUCGCCGCUGGAAGAUAUUGCUGUGCUAUGCUGUGCAACUUUAUUGACCAGAUAAAUGGCCGUGAUGCUUCC